AAAAAAACUAUAUAUGGCGCAAGUGUCUCUGGAGAGUUCUUGAGGCUUAGGGUGUGAUCUAUCUCCAGCAGGGUUUUUUCCUCUGCUCUUCAAUCCUUUCACUCCACGAAACCAAAACCAGAAUGCUUUGUGCCGUGUACAAUUUCAAAAAUUUGUAGCCGAAAUCCAACUUGCCAUAGAAAAAGUAUAUCAUAUAAUUAUAUAUUAUUAUUAUUAAUUACUAUAAAUAAACAGUACACCGUACGUAGUAAUAUUGUGUUGUUGGUUUGGUUUCGUGUGAUUCCCAUCCCAUUUUUCUUUUUCUUCUUAAAAGUAUAUGAUAUGUACGGAAGCUGUGUUAGAUUAUCCAUAAGUUGAUUCAAUUUGUCGACAAGAAAACCUUAGUUUCAUAUUUGAUUGGUUCUCAGAGAAUUUCAUAGUUGUCUUGGGAAAAUGGCUGAUGAAGGAGACAAAAAGAACGACUUCUAUGCGGUUCUGGGAUUGAACAAAGAGUGCACUGAUUCAGAGCUAAGGAAUGCAUAUAAGAAACUAGCACUGAAAUGGCACCCUGAUCGUUGUUCAGCGUCGGGGAAUUCAAAGUUCGUUGAAGAAGCUAAGAAGAAAUUCCAAGCAAUCCAGCAAGCCUAUUCUGUUUUAUCUGACGCCAACAAAAGGCUAAUGUACGACGUAGGAGUCUACGACAGUGAUGACGACGAAAACGGCAUGGGGGACUUCUUGAACGAAAUGGUAACAAUGAUGAGUCAAACAAAGUCAAAUGAAAAUGGAGAGGAGAGCUUUGAGGAGCUGCAACAGCUGUUUGAAGAUAUGUUUCAAGAUGAUAUUGGAUCAGAUAGAAGCACCACUUUUACUACUGCCGGUUGCUCCUCUUCCUCGGCGUGCAUGGCUUAUAGUGGAAACUCCAACUCGAAUAAGCGAAAUUCGGCUGAGAUGAAUUUUUUGAAGGCAGAUAAUUCCUUCGACUUUGAUACCAGUUACCAGAACUUCUGCUUAGGGGCUGGUCUUGUUAAUUAUCAUUACUACCAAUGAAUGAGGAUACAAAAACAAUGGCGUUAUUUUUGUGAGGUAUGUGUGGGACGGGUAAGUGACUCAGCUUCUUCUUGCACAAAAAAAACACUGUUUUGUGUUUGCUGAAAAGUCCCAAAACUUGUUUAUCACACAUUACAUACAUGUAUCAUCAUUCAAACCUAUGCUUUUUUAUUGUGAAAUUCUCGCUACUUUCUUGUUGAUGUUUUUCCCUUGUUCUUGUGUGUAGACAGGGGAAGCACCUCCGAGAUAUAAAGAGGGAAAAGCUAAAAAUAAUUCGCGACGGAGGAGGUAGUGGUGGUGGACGACUGUGCACCGAGCAAUGGACAUGGUGUGCACCAACCUUAGCAUUCCAUGAUGUUAUCAAGAUGGUUGCAGAAUUGUAAUUACAUUGAAUGAUAGUUGCAACUAUGAAUGGGAGAAACAAAAGGAAAGGAAAUUGAGAUUGGGAUUGAGAGUGAAAGGAUUAGGGAAGAGCAUAUUUUUAUAUUGUAUCAAUAGUACUAAGCCACUACUAUAGCCUCCAGCUAUAACUUUGCAAAAAGCAAGGUUGUGGCACCAUCAAGAUCUUUUGUAUGAAGAGUGAGGCUAGGAGUUUUUUAGUUGAAAUCAGUCGACAACCCAUGUUAGCAUAUUUACACUCUUGCAGAUUUCGGUUCAUUAGUGAAACAAUUCAAUAAAUGGACAUAUAUGGCGUUUGUGUUGUGUGCUUCUCCCUA